GUUCAUAUCAAGCAUGUAAUCAUGUCAUACUUGUUUACUAUUAACAAGUCCGCAUGCAAAAAAGAUUGGGCCAACACAACCUAGUCUUCAAAACUCAAAGCCCAACUAAAACCCAACAGAAACAUAAUUAAUUCCAAGUCAGCCCAGCCCAAAUACAAAGCCCAACAAAAAAUCCUUAAACCGAACAAACCCAAACCCAAAUCCACCCACCCUCUCCUUCCCCGCGCCGCAUUGCGUUCAUCGUCGCCAUUGUUGAAACCAGGUGGCCUUGGCAUUGGCAGCUGCCAUAGCUAUACCUCCUAUCGAAUGGCUGUAGCUAUACCACCAUUUUCUGGAACCGACGUCGUUUCACCUGCGGCUACACCUAAACCCGCUCUUCCUUCCUCCGUCUCCUUUUCUGGGGUUCUAGCCUCCCAUUUCCCUCUCCGCCGGAUACCAUACAUUCCGACGCAUUAGGUUCCUCGACCGUCUCUGCUAUGCAUUCACUCUGAUAUGUAUCGAAGUCUUGGCGUUCACCGCCUCAUAUACCGGAGCCGCAUAGCUUACUACGUGAAAACUGGCCUCAUCGAUCAAGCACUCCAGGUGUUCGACGAAAUGACCCACUCGGACUGCCGCGUUUUCAGCGUCGACUACAACCGCUUCAUCGGCGUACUCGUCAAGCACUCGCGUUACGAUCUCGCCGAGCACUACUACUACGAAAUGGUGCCGAAGGGAUUCUCCUUGGACCCGUUUACUUACUCCAGGUUCAUUUCUGGCCUGUGUAAGAUUAGAAAUUUCACCCUCAUUGAGAAGCUUCUUCGAGACAUGGAUAGGAUUGGGGCAUUGCCUGACAUCUGGGCUUUCAAUAUAUAUUUGAAUCUUCUGUGCCAAGAAAACAGGGCGGAUUUUGCUUUGGAAUUGUUUCAUAGGAUGGUUGAUAAAGGAAGAGAGCCGGAUGUUGUAUCGUAUACUAUAAUUAUCGAUGGGUUGUGUAAAGCUGGACAAUUUGAUAUGGCAGUUGAUAUUUGGAAUGGUAUGAUUAGGAAAGGGUUUAGGCCGGAUAACAUUGCGUGCACGGCCCUGGUUGUUGGGUUGUGCAAGGGUGGGAAGGUUGAUUUGGCUUAUAACCUUGUCAUUGAUGAAAUGAAGGGUAGAGUCAAUUUUAGUAGUUUGAUUUAUAAUGCUUUGAUUAGCGGGUUUUGUCGUGCCGGUAGGAUUGAUAAGGCACAGGCAAUCAAGUCAUUUAUGAAGAGAAAUGGGUGCGAGCCGGAUUUGGUUUCUCACAAUGUGUUGUUGAAUUAUUGCUGUAAUGCAUUCAUGUUGGAGGAGGCUGAGAAGUUGAUGAAGAAAAUGGAGAGGGGUGGGAUGGAACCGGAUGUGUAUAGUUAUAAUCAGCUUCUCAUGGGCCUUUGUAAAGCUAAUAGACCAGAUAAGGCGUAUUUGUUGAUGCGAACUAGGAUGGAGCCAAAAGGGUUGUGUAAUGUUGUGUCAUAUAAUACCAUCAUUACAGCAUUUUGCAAGGCAAACCGUACUGGAAGUGCUUACAAACUGUUUGAGGAAAUGCGUAACAAGGGCACUGUGCCAGAUUUGGUUACAUUCACUAUUCUUAUAAAUGCCUUUUUAAGAGAAGGUAGCUCAGAUAUAGUCAAGAAGCUUCUUGAUCAGAUGACAGCAAUGGGUCUGUUGCCUGACCGUAUAUUUUACACCACAAUAGUUGAUCAUUUAUGUAAGAGUGGGAAUAUUGAAAUGGCUUAUAGUGUUUUCAGUGAAAUGUUAGAGAAGGGAAUCACCCCUGAUGUGAUUUCAUAUAAUGCUCUCAUUAACGGGCUGCUCAAGGCUUCUAAAGUGAGCGACGCUAUGAAUCUUUAUGAGGAAAUGCAGACUAGAGGAUGUAGCGCUGAUGAGGUAACUUUUAAAUUGAUAAUUGGGGGUCUCAUAAGGGAGAAUAAGGUUUCAGUCGCUUGUAGGGUAUGGGAUCAGAUGAUGGAAAAGGGCUUUACUCUUGAUGGAGCUUUCUCCGAGACUCUGGUUAAUGCCAUCAAUUCAAAAGAUGCUGCAUGAAAAUGCUAAAUGAGUCCAUAGUUAGAGGCACUUUUUAGUGAGGAUUUCACCUCAUCAAGCCCGGUCCGUUAUCCUCUUUCUGGCAAGCUACAAACAACUCAGGAUUGGGACCUUGGAUUUGUUCAGCCCGACGUUUUUAAGAGGGCAAUGCUUAUCCAUAUAUGAUUUGUCUCCCUAACUUGACGCAUGCAGUCUGCUUAGAAUGCCAAAAAGUACUUUAGCCUACUUUGUUCUUUUCUUUUACCCGGGGAACAACACGUAAUGCAAGUGGGCUUUGCAAGAACCAGACUGCUGAACGGGUGCACCAUGACCUUCAUGGACAUAUAGCUCACAUGCAGAGGCUGCAGAUCUAUUUUAAGAACGCCAGCGUGAGAGCACUAUCUAUCAAAUUUGGGCAUUAAAAUUACUCUCAAGGACUAACAGAAAGAACAACAAAAUUUUUUGGCCAUGUCCUGAAGAAAAGCGGAUUAAAGAAUAUGAAGACUCGGUUUCCUUUGCCAUGCCGGGGUUUUGAGGAUGGAAGAAAACGAAGAGAACUUCCAAGGAAUCACCACUAGUUUUCACAAGUAUAACACAACCGCCGACAAGGUGCUUUUCAAAUACUUGCGGCAUUUGUUAUAAGCCAGAGCCCGAGUCACAUAACAUCUCCGGUAACGGUUAAAGAUGUUCUCUGGUCAUGAGCAAGUCAGUGUUGAAUGGUAUAUCUGGCAGGAAGUGUUUAUAUCCAGUUGAAGUUUGCAUC